UGAAAUUUCUGGUACAGAAGAUAAAAUACCUCAAUUAGUUUGUCUCUAGAAUUUUUGUGCGUAAAAAGUUGUUAAACAAAAAAGUAAUAUUUCAAACGAAAAAUCAUUAAAAAGGAAGAAUCAUGGCCACUGAUAAUAGCAAUCAAUUAAAUGAUUUACAAAUGCAGAUCUUUGAUAAAAUAGCGAAAAACGAUAAGGAUGGUUUUAAGCAGCUGAUAGGCCAACUUAAGGGAGGUGUGAAUUUUGUCGAUGAAAACGGCAUGACUCCCCUACAACAUGCCUGCUGCAAAGGCAAUAAGGAAACUGUACAAAUAUUAUUAGACAUGGGAGCUGAUAUUAAUUUCAAUCAGCAUGGAGCUAAUUACACGCCAUUACAUUUUGCAGCUUUAUCAGGCAACACAGAAAUCUGUCGUAUGCUUCUAGAUGCUGGCAUUAAUCCCAACAGCGUUAACAGUGUAUCGCGUACCGCAUCUCAGAUGGCGGCAUUUGUGGGUAAUCAUGCUUGCGUGGAAACGAUAAAUAAUUAUGUUUCCAAAAGUCUACUAGAAUAUUAUACACAACCGCAAGGUCUGCAAAAGGAACCUCUUCUAUCACCUACUGUUUUGGAUGCUUUCCACAAGUUUGUCGUAGAAGUUAAUCUGCAUCCCGUCCGUAUUGUUUUGAAUUUACAAACAUUGGGUUUGUUAAAAUAUCUACCGGGCUUGCGCAAAUCAUUGGAAUUAAUGUGUGAAAAGGAAAUGAAAAAACCGAGCGACGUUAAUGAGUUAAUGGCAUUUAAAUUUCAUUACCUGCAUUGGAUUGUUUCAGAGUUGAUGCGUUGUGAGGAGCAGUGUAAAGCGCAACGCAAGGAUAAACCUAAUAUGAAUUCGGAAGAGUUGGUUAAACAUGAUUUUGUGGAAAUGUUUGUUAAACGCGUUCUUAAAGAGAACAAGCAAGGCCAACUUGAUUAUGUAGAAUUUACAAUACGAGAUUGUGUACGCGAAUUUCCCUUCCGGGAAUGUACUAUAUUCCGUCAGGUGAUAUCAAAGUUGGCAGUCAAAGAUUCCGCUUCUGCUCUCAGUGUUUUACACACAGCUAUUAAUGGUCAACGAGGAUUUAACGAUGACAUAUCCUAUUGUAAUGCGUGCGGCAAUGAGAAGCCGGACAAGAAAUGCUCCAAAUGUAAAGCUGUGCAAUAUUGCGAUCGUGAGUGUCAACGCUUGCACUGGUUUAUGCAUAAAAAAUCUUGCAAUCGCCCAACAUCAAGCGCUGGAAAUGCCAACGCGGCUAUUCGAAAACCUAUAGACACUAAUGAAUUACGUGAAGAGUUGUCUCGCAUAACUGCUAGUUAAAAACCUGGCGAAAGAGUCUUCUUUUCAUUUAAUAAAAAGCUCUUUAUGUUUAUCAUAAAGCAGACCACGCUAGUUUGGAAACCCGCCCCCUCUUAUUGCAUAUGCCAUAUACAAUACUUCAUUUUCGUAAGAAUAGUUAUGUAAUUAAGUUUCAAAGGUCAUUAGGUCUAUUUUGAAAAUUUAAUUCUUUCCAGUCUUUACUUGAAUUUGAAUAAUAUAAUACGAUAUCAUUUUU